GUGAAUGUUUGCCUUCUGGGUGUGAAUAAUAUGGCAUAGCAAGCAAGAAACCGGCGACUGCCUCUGCUCAGUUGCAUGUUAUAGCGGGCCUAUUCACUCAGGUCGGUAGGUUAGUUCCCAUGUCAAUUUGCCGUGCUGCCGAUGGGUAUCCUCAAUGGAUAUUUGACCCCGGCGCUAGACGACGUUGAUGAGAGUUGAUUUGACGGCAAGUUUAAUUGACAGUGUGGGGCGGGAAUUGUCCCUCCCGCACGGACCUUGACAUGGGGAAAUGUUUGGAGAACACCUCAACAGCGCAACACGAUUCUACGGGAAGCUCGCAACACCUCGUCAAUCGCCGCUCGCUUUGUUCGAUAGUCUUGCAAACACCACUCGCGGAAAUCACCAAAGUCGUGCUCAUAGCAACACAAUAUGAACUCUGACGCGAUAUACUCGGCCCUGCCGCCGGACCUGUUCGAUCAGACGACGCUGGUGUCGUUGGCAUCGACACUUCUCAUCCUCGCGGUAGCCUACGCGACGUCUCUCAAGGCGCUGGCCUCCUCGACGCCAGGCCCGCUCCGGUUCCUCUUCAUCUGGCAUGCUUUCGAUGCGCUGAUCCACUUCUUCCUCGAGGGGAGCUUCCUUUACCACUGCUUCUUCUCGUCGCUACCCGUGUCGCAGCUCACCGUCGGCGAGGUCUCAAAGUACUACCCGAGCCCGGAGAACUUCCUCGGCAGCACAGGCCGCAUCUGGGGUGUCCAGGCUGGCGGCGACAAUCCCUUCGCGCAGCUAUGGAUGGUGUACGCCAAGGCCGACAAGCGCUGGGCUGGCGCCGACCUAGGUGUCAUCAGCCUUGAGCUCCUCACCGUCUUCGUCGUCGGGCCGGCCGCCCUCUUCGUCUGCUACGACAUCGCCCGCAAGAAUCCUCGCGCCAACAUCACCAUGAUCGUGAUUGCGACGGCCGAGCUGUACGGCGGAUUUAUGACCUUUUGCCCGGAGUGGCUCGUCGGCAGCAUCAACCUCGACACGAGCAACUUUAUGUACCUCUGGGUUUACCUGGUUUUCUUCAACACGCUUUGGGUCUGGAUCCCGCUGUACGCCAUCUUCGUCGCGGUCAAGGAUAUUUCCAACGCAUUUGCCGUGAGGACCACCGCGCAAGGAAGCAAAAAGGAUGAAUAAAAAAAGCAGCAGGGCAGGGAGGACAGUGAGUUGCGGUCGGAGAAGACGGAAAUGGGCGGGAUGGUAUUGCAGUGCCGGCAGUUUAGGCGUGGCAACUUCCCGCUGGGGUUGUCGCUGGACUGACUGGCGAUUCAUACAUUCGCAUCCGGGUUUGCAAAGCCGAUGUUAUGGAAAGGGCGGAAAUACUGCACAUUGCCAUAGGACGGCGCAAGUCCUACGGUGGCAGGCGGGAACCCAAAUGGGAUGGUGACUGAGGCGUUGCGGUGCGAUGAACUUUUGUUACUAUUUUGAACCCUGAUUGCGACUUUUGCCUUUCAUUGGGAGCCCAGGGCAUCGGCACUGCGGGGGGCGGUAAAAAUACCUAUUGGCUCGCGGGAGAGUCCGGGCCCUUGCAUGUCCCGUUGGUGAUCGUCGCAUAUGUGGGGGGGCAUGUAAACGGUCAUGCAAGUCUUUCAACUCGGCCUCUUCCCGAUAGCCCCAGGCCCAUGCAUUGGUGGCCCGCGUCAAUGCCCCGUCAAUGCCCACGUGUAUGCGGCCGGGAAGCGUGGCUCUAGAACCUCUACAGGAGAGACAUGUUCGUGACAGGAAUCUCACAUCGAGGUGGCUGUGUUGGGCGGAGUCACCGCUAGCGCCAGACGCGCUGGAUAGGGGGUUCUCGAUAGAUGAGGAUAGGGGGAGGCUGGCUGCCUCUGUCAGGACCGCCCGUGGAAUUGGAAAGGAAAG